UGAAGUAUCAACAGGAGCUUUUAGAAGCGCAGCAACAGCAGCUGUGGCAGCAGCAGCAGCACCAGCAUAUGCUGAUGCAGCAGCAGCAGCAGCAGCAGCAGCAGCAGAUCAGGGCCCCCCGCAGCAGCAACCGCAGCAGCAGCAGCAACCACAGCAGCAGCAGCAACCGCAACAGCAGCAGCAAGCCCCCUUUGAACCCUUUCCAGUUUCCACACCUCUACGUUGCUUCUGCUGCUCCUCCUUGGGUGUAUCCCGUGCAGCAGCAGCAGCAGCAGCAGCAGCAGCAGCAGCAGCAGCAGGUGGUAGCAGGAGUCCCACUGCCUCUCAACUCAACUGACUACUACCUGCUGCAGCAGCAGCAGCAGCUGCCGCAGCAGCAGCAGCUUCAUCACCCUCCAACUGGCCGGCAGGCAGAGAGGCAGCAGCAGCAGCAGCAGCAGCAGCAGCAGCAGCAGCAGCCAGGGACGCAGCAGCUUAUGAUGUCUACUGAAGCACUGCAGCAGCAGCUGCAGCAGCAGCAAGUGCUGCUCAAGUAUCAACAGGAGCUUUUAGAAGCGCAGCAACAGCAGCUGUGGCAGCAGCAGCAGCACCAGCAGAUGCUGAUGCAGCAGCAGCAGCAGCAGCAGCAGCAGCAGCAGCAGCAGCAUAUCAGGGCCCCCCGUGUGCGCCCUUUUUCUUAUAACGCAGCAGCAGUAACCCCCGGUAUCUUCGCGGGGCCCCCAGACCCGCUGCUAGUAACCAUACGUCCAGGGGUGUCUCGCCGUGCUGCUGCUGCUGCUGCUGCUGCUGUUGCUGCUGUUGAUGCUGCUGCAGACGCUGCUCUUGCUGCACCAGAUGCAGCAGCAACUGAGAAGGAUGUGGACAUCUCCACUGCUGCUGCAGCGCAACUGCAGCAACAAACACGACAGCAGCACGAACAGCAGCAGCAGGAACUGGAGCAGCAGCAGGAGCAGCAGCAACAGGAUCAACAGGAGCUUUUAGAAGCGCAGCAACAGCAGCUGUGGCAGCAGCAGCAGCACCAGCAGAUGCUGCUGCUGUUGAUGCUGCUGCAGACGCUGCUCUCGCUGCACCAGAUGCAGCAGCAACUGAGAAGGAUGUAG